GCUAAAGGGAGAUGACAUGUAAGCCCGUGAGGCCUUAUCUCCGCAAGACCGCAGCAGGCCCGACUCCCUUUGUGCUUCUCCUUCCUCCGCCCGAUCGAAACCCUAACCCUAAUUUUCUCUCUCUCCUCGGUCAUCGGCGGGAUGUCGCACUUCGGCCGAUCCGGUCCUCCCGACAUCAAGGACACCUUCUCUCUCCUCGUCCUCAACAUCACUUUCCGGACUUCGGCCGAUGAUCUCUUCCCCCUUUUCGAUAAGUACGGAAAGGUCGUUGAUAUCUUCAUUCCUAGGGAUCGCAGGACUGGAGAAUCUCGAGGGUUUGCGUUUGUGAGGUACAAGUACGCCGAUGAGGCGCAGAAAGCUGUGGACAGACUUGAUGGCGAGUUCUUGUUUUCUUUUUUUUUUAAUUUUAAUAUAUUUUGCCUCGAUGUUAUUAGCUUAUCAAUUUGUUUUACAGGGAGGACUGUGGAUGGAAGAGAAAUCAUGGUGCAAUUCGCGAAAUAUGGGCCUAACGCAGAGCGGAUUCAUAAAGGAAGGAUUGUGGAAGUUUCGAAGAGGUCCAGAAGCCGUAGCCCAAGACCAAGGUAUCGUGGUGAUUACAGAGAUCGAGAUUAUAGUAGGCGAAGUCGCAGUCGAAGCAGAGAAAGGUAUGGUCGUCACAGGUAUCAUGAUAGGGAUUAUCGCCGUAGAAGUAGAAGCCACAGUAUGAGCCCUGAUUAUUAUAGAGGUCGUGGCAGAGGCAGGUAUGAUGAUGACCGAAGGAGGAGCAGAAGUCGCUCCUUUGACAGUGCUUCCCCUGUUCGACGUAGCCUUAGUCCCCGAAGAAGCUUGUCUCCUCGCAGAACCCCUUCUUCGCCUGAUAGAAGCCCAGUUAGGCGUAGCCCUGCUGAAAGAUCUCCAGCUUCUCGAAGUGCUUCUCCUCGUGGUCGACGUCGUGAUUAUCGCAGCUCAUCUCCACAGGGUUCCGAGGAUUAAUGAACUACUGCCACUGGAGUGCAAACAUGCUGACAUCUUUCUGGAGGAUUUCAUGAAAGUUUUAUGGUGCUUUUGGGAGCUCUGAACUGAUUCUAAGUUUUGUACGAGAGUGCGUUCUAGUAGCUGAUUGUCCGCAGCCUGUGAGAUAAUGCAAAUGAAUGAUCUUGCCGAUGCUGUUUGUCGUUCUUGAUGAUGAUGAUGAUGAUGAUGUUGGUGAUGAUGAUGAUUUCCAUUCAUAGAUGAUGUUGAUGAUAUUCGAUUUGAUGCUCCUGUCAGUAUCUCGCUGUCCCCAUCCAUUUUAAGGUUUCUUUUUCUGGGCAUGAUCCAAGUUAACUAAUUCAUUAUGGUGGUCCUGUGAAUGGUAAGGAUUGUCUUUAAGAGUCUUAACCCUUUGGUCUUUAGUUUUUACUCUAAUCCUGUUCUGGUCGCUGGUGUUUUUAUUUUGUGAGCUUGAAAAGGAGUAAUUGAGCAGUGAUGACCAUGCAGCUUCAUGUUCUGCAUUUUUCAUACAAUGCGGAUGUGUCAUCAACCACAUCUAUUUCUACCCUUUUACAUGUGUUGCUGAUAUGUGAAGGAUUCGUUGCUCCAUUUACACGCAAGCUUUAAAGGUGAAAUACCAAAAAGCCAUUUCAGCGUCAGGGAUUUGUUGACAGGUCAAUAUGAUCCUCUUUUUUCAUAUACAUGAAAAUGGAUUGCUAUGUCCAGAUAAAUUAUAGCUGUACACGUGCUUUUUACUUCUUAUGUUGUGAAUUGAUAGGAUUUUAAUUUGAAA